GGCGGGAAGCCAGACAUGCUGGAUCUGCUCAUCACGUUCAACGAGUUUUGUGGCUUAGGUGACCCUCUCGUCUUCGGCAUGCCGAGUAUCGAGUCCGACUUCGGCUGCGAGAUUCGCCGCUCUUGCGCGCGCCUGUUCGGCCGGUUCGUGGACCGAGUCUUUCCACCGCAGCGGUCUGGCCGACGCGAAGCCAUUGCUUCUUUGCGUUCGCGCGUUUCCGGCGGGCACGCCGGGCCUGGCGGGCGCGCCGGGCCGCCGAAUGCAUCCAGGCCGUUACCGCCAAUCGAGAUUUCGGACACCGGUUGGGCGGAGGUCGCCGUCUCCCUUGACGGGGCCGAGGUGGCAGCGCAGGGCGUGCACGGGCCAUUUUGGUGCGAGGGAAUUGAUGGCGACGCUCGUGUGUUGAACUGUCCGGUCUUUCCUAUCAAUUGCAGUGGGGAACUUGGCAUGACGAUUAUGGCAAUGAACAAGUCGCAUGGCAAGACGACCUUGAUGCCCGGAAGAUCUGCGUGCAGAUUGCGACGGAUGGGCAGCGAAGAGCUGGAAGUAAUGGUAGAUGUUGAACACCAGUUGGAACUAGCUUCCAUUCUGAAGGAUUACGACACCCUACCCUUGGACAGGCGACGGGUCGCAACUGCCAAGUACAAGGCCAAACUGCGGACCGACGAAGAGGCGAAACAUUUCGACGAGCUUAUGGCCGAGAUCGAGGCCAAGAGGGGGAAGUUCGAUGCACCGGAGCACGACCAGACCUCCGACGAGCAUCGUGAUCUUUUUUGCCAGAUUGUCCGGGACAAGAAGCUGGCCCACGUGAAGAUGAAGCCGGGAGCUAUGGGCAAGGCCAGACAACCGUACACGAUGUCCAAGUUUAACGGGGCCCGCUUUUCGCACCACAUCGAGGAGCAGAUCAAAGACGGCAAGCUCCGCGAGUGGACCCGUGAUGACCCUAUGCCGCCUAUGGUGGCACCAGCUUUCAUGGCUGAUCGGAAGGGUUCUCUACUUGGGCGCAUGGUUGGUGAUUACACGUGCUACAACAAGGCCACAGAGGACGUCUUUUGGCCAGCUCCAGACGCGGAGUCGGUGCUCCAGCGCGCCAUGGGCAAGGGAUGCCACACGCGACUCUCGAUUGCGUUUGGGGGCACAGCGCCGGCCAUCUACCAGCACAUCCAAGAGGGCACAAUUGGAUCGGAGUACAAACCUACGGGCGAGAAGCUGGCAGACGUCUUCUUCGACGACACGCGCGUCUCCGAUUGGAAGUGCGCCAAGGCGGGUGCAGAUUUCACGGGCUACGCCGCGGACGCGGAGGCCCAGGCAUCCAGAACGUGGUUAAUCGAGACGCUGAUCGAGCAGGUCGUUUCGGCCAUGCCAGACGGCAGACCAUUCGAGCUGUACUUGGACGCAAGCGACGUCGCGCGGGCCGCUGUUCUGCGUCAGCGUGACUCCCCCGGCGGCGCGCCGCGAGUCAUCGGGGCGGUCGCUCGUUCGUUCGAGGACGUGGCCACGAGGUGGUCAGCUUUCGAGCGGGAGUUCUUCGCGUGGAAGGAGGGCGUUGCCGCGGCGUCAAAGUGGACCGAGGGUUCCGUUGUGUUCACCUUCUUCGACCACGAGAACAUCGAGCGUGCUGAGUCUGUGUUGAGGAACCGCCGAGCGACCAAGCAGCUGAUGGCUUGGGUUGCCGAGACGCAGGACACGCUUGCGAACGCGCCGCGCGCGUGGAUCGCCGGGAAAGCGAACGUCCUCGCCGACGCCGGCAGCAGGGCGCCAUGGCAAUCGCACGUGGCUUCGCGCUUGGCUAUCCCCGCGUCGUCGGCCAGGCCAGUUCGGGACUUCAUCGAGAAACUGUUCACCUACCCGGGCGACCUGCCGCAGAAAAUCGAGCAGCGAAGACGGGGCAUGGCGCCCCUCCGACCGCCUGGCGGGCGCGCCGGGAUGGGCGGAGCGCAGCCGGCCGCCGACGCGCCCCCUCGACAGCCUGGCGGGCACGCCGGGCCAGACGAGGCGCACCAGCUUGCCGCGGAAGCGCCUGAUCGCCCUGACUGUCGCGACAUACCAGUGCCGUCUACGCCGAGCUCACCGACUACAACGGAGACGCUGCUUCCCGACAUCCCCGUAUACAUGGAGGAGCACAUGGGCCGCGCGGUUGCGCAGCUCAGGCGGCGCGACCGGGACCUCGUGGACAUCGGCGGGACGUUCGGCAAGCACUUCUUGGAGGUGGGCUCCGGCCACGAGAUCUUGACGCGGUGUGUCCGCGAGAAGGGCCUCACCGUGAUGGACCCCGUGGACAAGAAGACCGGCUGGGAUUUGACAAGCCGCUCUGACAUGCAGCGUUUGCGCACCAUGAUCAGGGAAGAGAGAUCCUUUGGGGACAUGGUUGUGCCGUCUCCGGCGCGCGCGCGGAUUCACGCGACGCCUGGUUUCUUCUUCGUGGACCUCGACGGGUGCAGGUGCGGCAUGGUGGCCACAGCCGCGGACACGUUGAUCCGGAAGUUUUGGAGAUGGUUGACCAAUGCGGUUUGGUUAUGGCCUCUGGCCAUGCGGUGCACGGGGGGCCACGAGCACGCGAAGGUGGAGGGGCGCCUGACUACGGCUACGGCCACGUACCCACGGCAACUUGGCGUUGCUUACGCCGCGCGCCUCGCCAAGGCCCCAGAGUUCAUGGCCACUCCCCGCGCCGCACUCGCACCCUGUCGCCACCAGAAGCAGGACGCCCAGGUGACACGGCGCAGCGCGCUCGACGGCAUGCAUCUGGAUUGGCCCUUGGGCGCGACCGCUGGCGAGCUCGACGUUUCCAGACGGGCGGCACCCAUGCGCGGAGCAGAACACUACCAGGGCGCCGACGCGGAUGAGAUCUACGCACGCCAGCGCGAACACCUCGCUGCCCAGAAGAUCCCGGCGACGAAGGUUACAUACAAGUACGCGCGGGACGGCAGCGAGUUCUACACCGCUCAUUUUCGAGAUCCUGUUUUCGACAUUCGCGAUGUUGGUGGAUUCGGCAGGUUCGGCGUUGGGAUCGCGAAGCCUACGGGGCACCGCGGGGACGCACGGAACGAGUUCGAGGUCCGGGACGUCGACUACGUGAGCUCUCUCGCGACGUGGCGCCCCGUUUUCGCGACAUUUGUCCCCGAGGACGUGCAUUGUUGGAACGCCAUUGUGGUGCACGAAGAGCUUGUCCGCCGACACGCGCGACAGUUUGCGGUCUGGCCGCCCCGCCUUUUCGGUUACCGGGCUGGAGUGUUUCUGGAGCCAUCGGAGACCACGGAGAAAUUGGUGAACCUGGCUAUACGAUAUUUCUGGUCAGGAGAAAAUUGGGCGGACCAGAAGCCAAUCACGGCCGUCACCGUGUACAGGGGCAUCGAGCAGCUCGACGCUUCCGACUGCAAGUACACCGGUCUUUUGAUGUGGGAGUUGGAAUCCGGCAUCGCUGGCGAGUAUCAUGUAGGCGACGCUUGGCUGCAAGGCGAACGACGCAUCGUGAGUCUCGAGCCGGGCCAGCGCGUUGUCUUCCGCAAUGCCAACGCGGUCGUCGAGUACCCCUGCGAGGACGGCGAAGCUUUCGGUGAUCACCGGGAGACGCUCGAGAGGCUGGGGGUUCCAGUGCCGUCGUCUUUGCGGAUCGUCGGAUUCAGCGGGGCCUUGACGGCGCUCGGGAUUGACAGGGGCAAACUGUUGACCAUGUACAAAACCGGGCCAGACACGAGGGCGCCGGCUUGGCUCUUAUUGUCUCUGGCCGGGCUGGUCGAAGGCGAGGGCUCGGAUGGGUCCACCCUGCCGCUGUGGCGCCCGAUCGGCGACAACGCCUUGAUGGAUGAGGUCCGCCAUAAGGCUUCGUUGUGUGCUUAUGCGCGGGCACUUUCACAAGACAAGCUUGAAUCUCUUCAGCCGCAUGCUUGUCUUACUCUGCUGGAUGUGGUCGUGGCCCGGAGGCCCAAACGAUGCCGAUUGCCCCCUACUGGUGGGGCCAAGUGGGACGACGUCAGCUUUCGCGUGACCCUCUGCUGGGGCGACGACGACAACCUGACGUUGGAGAAGUAUGAGGUUGGUGGCGCGGCAGCAACGGCGAGUGCGACAUCCCACCUCGACGUUUACAGCCUCUACGGCGCCGCGCUGUUUCUGGGCCCCGGCCAGAGCGCCAGCGGGGGCAUCGACUAUGUAAACAUCACCGGCGAGCCGAACGACAUCGACGAGAAUGCACUCCGCCGGUUGUCGAAGAGGAGCGGCUUGGAUCUGAAGGACCUUCAUCAAGCUCACGGUGUUCUUGGACAGUAUCGGUUCUACGGAG